AUGUCCACCAGUCCCAUGUGUCUCGAGGUCAGCAGUGUGUUCACUAGUCCCAUGUGUCUCUCGAGAAGUCAGCAGUGUGUCCACCAGUCCCAUGUGUCUCUAAGAAGUCAGCAGUGUGUCCACCAGUCCCAUGUGUCUCUAAGAAGUCAGCAGUGUGUCCACCAGUCCCAUGUGUCUCUAAGAAGUCAGCAGUGUGUCCACCAGUCCCAUGUGUCUCUAAGAAGUCAGCAGUGUGUCCACCAGUCCCAUGUGUCUCUAAGAAGUCAGCAGUGUGUCCACCAGUCCCAUGUGUCUCUAAGAAGUCAGCAGUGUGUCCACCAGUCCCAUGUGUCUCUAAGAAGUCAGCAGUGUGUCCACCAGUCCCAUGUGUCUCUAAGAAGUCAGCAGUGUGUCCACCAGUCCCAUGUGUCUCUAAGAAGUCAGCAGUGUGUCCACCAGUCCCAUGUGUCUCUAAGAAGUCAGCAGUGUGUCCACCAGUCCCAUGUGUCUAAGAAGUCAGCAUUGUGUCCACCAGUCCCAUGUGUCUCUAAGAAGUCAGCAUUGUGUCCACCAGUCCCAUGUGUCUCUAAGAAGUCAGCAGUGUGUCCACCAGUCCCAUGUGUCUCUAAGAAGUCAGCAUUGUGUCCACCAGUCCCAUGUGUCUCUAAGAAGUCAGCAUUGUGUCCACCUGUCCCAUGUGUCUCUAAGAAGUCAGCAGUGUGUCCACCAGUCCCAUGUGUCUCUAAGAAGUCAGCAUUGUGUCCACCUGCCCCAUGUGUCUCUAAGAAGUCAGCAUUGUGUCCAUCUGUCCCAUGUGUCUCUAAGAAGUCAGCGUUGUGUCCACCUGUCCCAUGUGUCUCUAAGAAGUCAGCAUUGUGUCCACCUGUCCCAUGUGUCUCUAAGAAGUCAGCAUUGUGUCCACCUGUCCCAUGUGUCUCUAAGAAGUCAGCAGUGUGUCCACCUGUCCCAUCUGUCUCUAAGAAGUCAGCAGUACGUCCACUUGUCGUAUGUGUUUCAAAGAGUUCAGCAUUGUGUCAGCAGUAG